AUGUCGCACUCACCUUUGAAAUCGGCUUCAGACGCUGACGAGGAGAGCACCAUUCCGAAGUCAUCGGGUGACUACAACGAGAGUGCCAGCCCCGAUGACAAUGUGGUAGAGAAUGAAACCAGCUCAUGUGAUAGUUCUACCGCACGUCAAGAUGAUAUAGAUGACGAUACAUGGCCUCCCAAGUCAUCGGGAUACUAUGAUAGGACGCCAGAUAGCAGUAUUUGCAAUACGAUAGACGACAUUGAGGAUGAUACAUGGCCACCAAAAUCAUCGGGGCACUAUGAUAGAACACCAGAAAGUAGUAACAGGCACACGAUAGACGACACUGAGGAUAAUACAUGGCCUCCCAAGUCAUCAGGAUACUAUGAUAAAACACCAGAUAGUAGUGCUAUUGACCUCUGGACCCUAGACAAGGGCAAGGUACAAGCAGUUCGCACAGAGGGAGGGGAUCUCAAAGCCAUAAUACAAGAGGCGGAUAUGGGAGACCGCCUUCUACGCGAUCAAGAGAAAUAUGAGAGGCGGGAUACUGCAGCAUACGGGUGUGAUGGACGCGACCAGUACAACAAUCCCCGGCAGUCUGCUGCACAUUACCAUGGCAACCAGCAGUAUGAUCAUGCAUACGAUAACAGUCAGUACGACGACCCACGGCAGCACAACGCACAACGGUACGGCGGUCAGAACUACGGCACCAAUGGCUAUGACACGUAUGCACGUCCCAACAAUGCACAAAUGCACGGCAAUCAGGGCUAUGGGGGAUACGACAACCACACAUAUGCACGAUCAAACCACCAGAACUACAUGCCACACAACCCUAUACAGUACGACAGUCGUCGAUACAAUCGAAGACAACAGUACGAUGACCAGUGCUACGGUGCACACGACAACAGAGGGUACACACCGCAGAACAGCCACCAGGCCUAUGGAGGACGUACCAACAAUCCCAAUCGUGAUGCUAAUAUUAGUUCACAGCGAAACUACAGCAAUAACUCACCCCGUGGCAACGGUCAACCUUACGAUAACGACUACAACGGUAGGUAUGGCGGACAGGAUUGCAGCAGAGCACCGUACAACAAUAGAAAUCCGAGCAAUCGACUGCCAUACCAUGCAUUCGAUGAUACACAGUUCGGCAAUGCAGGCUACCACAAUGGGCCACAGGGCAAUCCUCGGCACAAUCGCACACAGUACACCAACAAGCAACGCAACAACACGCCCCACAAUACCUACGAUGCUCAACACAACCACAACAGACAGUAUGAGAAUGGCAACCACAACAGACAGUAUGCGAAUGGCAACCACAACAGACAGUAUGCGAAUGGCAACCACAACAACCAGCCCAGCCACACUCACCACCGAAAGGGCCGGUCCAAAAAUCAGUCGGUGCACAACUACGGGGAUCGCGGGAGGGAUUCUGAGUACACAGGCCACAGGGGUAGUGUCGCGAGUGAUGGGAAUGUGGUGUAUGUGCAGACUGUGCAGCAUUGCAACCAAGUGUUCACCCAGCGCGAGCUGAGCCGUACUAGUUUGGUGGGAUUCUGCACCGAACACUACACACACUCUUCGGGACGUGAGCUCGUUUCUCUCGUGCAAGUCGACGGGUCGGAGGACGACAAGACUAUCGUGUUCGAUGUGCUGUCGUGCGCGGAUUUGCUGACCCACGUAACUACGCUGAAGGAACUGAGAACGCACACAGCCAUUGUGAAGGUUGUGCAUGACAGUCGCGAACACAUGCAUGUGCUCCACGACCAAUACAAUCUGGUCAUGGCGAACGUAUACGACACGCAGACGACGCAUAUCAUUCUGCAGAACAUCGCGUAUAGAGAGGACAUGAACGCCGUAAGCAUGUAUUGGGCCGGUAGGGCGAACACCAUACUUGGGAGUAUCCAGCACACCCCCACAACGUGGCGAAGGCGCCCGUUACCUCGCCAGCUGGUAGACUGUGCGGCGCAGAACGUGCAGAGUGCCGUAGCUGUGUACAACGCCCAGCAUGCGCACGCACUAAAGACCCCGGGGAUGUGGCGCAAGUGCAAGAAGAGUCACACCACCGUUGCUGCCACCCACCCAGGCGACGGUGGGGGUGUCUUGUCGGCUAAGGACAUGCGCGAUAAGCAAGAAAGAGAGGCGAGAGAGGCGGAGCAUGCCGUGCAGAUGGACCGCGUCAAUAAGGACGCGCAGGUGGUGGCCGAUAUGUUCUUUGCCAUGCUGCAGGACGCUGAUGACGAUACGAGGCUGCUGUAUCAGGAUCUCAAGGUGUGUUAG